CCCGCCAGAAAGUUGGGGGGCUGCCCUGCAGUGCGACUGGGGGUGCGGGAAAUAGAGCGAGGGAUUCCCAGACCCACGAGCAGAUACCCACACAAAUGCAGGGUUCCCACAGGAAAUAGAGAAAUUCACCGAGGGCGAGAGAGAGACAGACUCAGAGACUGAGACAAGCGGACACCAAGAUAGAAAAAGGUCAGAGUAAAGCAAGCUCGGGACGAUGGACCGGUCGGCGCUCGCAGAAUGCGGCCGUAGCGCCGCAGAGAAGCUUCGGGGAGGGGGCGAGGGGCAGGCGGCGCGCUGCCUGGAUCUCCCCGCGCAUCGGUCUGGAGUCCCGCAGCGCGGCAAGGGAUGGGUGACAGGGUCCUGGCCUUGGAGGGGAGGAGAGGGGCGCCGCCGGAAUCGCUCACCUCUCCGAGGCCCGAGGCUGAGAGUGCCAAGUUCGCUCCUCGCGAUCACUCAAGUGCGUCUCCCCUUGGGCCGGAAGCCGCUCGGGCGGCGGCGGGCCCCGCUCUCCUCGGGCGGCGCUGGUCUGGGCGUCUCAGGCUCCCGCUCCAGCUCCGACUGCGCUUCGGCCUUGGUGGCCCGGGCGCUGUCUCUGCCUUGAGGCGACGAUGGGUGGGCGCUGUCGCUCCUUCUCCCGGCUCCCGCUGGCGCCCGCGUGAACCUUAACAUCCAGGGGCCGAACGCACUGAAGGCAGCGGCUCCAGGGAGCGAAAGGUUUGCGGGAUCUGCGGGGAAGAGGAGGACUCGCCUCCGGCACCGGAGCCGAGCUCCCGCCGCGGCGGCUGUUUGUUCCCGCCGGGCCCCUCCGCGGAGACACUCCGCCCGCCCCCUCCCGCCCCGCCCCACCCCGCUGAGGGAGCUCCGCCCCGGGCUCGCGCUCUUCCGCCUUGGGCAGCCGCUGGGCGGGAGGGACUAAUACCCGGACCCCCCCCGCCCCGGGGGGACUGGGGCCGAGACCGGCCAGGGUGAGGGGAGGCCUCAGCUCCUUCCGCCCGCGCCCCGGGUGCAGGCCCCCGCUCGGGCUCCCGGGGCAGCGGAGAGAGCCGCGGGUCGGGUACUCCCCGAGAGGUGAGAGCGGCCGAGUCGGGCCACGAGGGGGCGCUGCGAAGCUGGGGGACACCCCUCCCUGUCCGCCUCAGUCCCCCGCCCCCUCCCCGCCCGCGCGCAAAACACACUCGCCCCAGAGGCAGCGCGGCGGAGCCCGAGCCGCGGCCGGAGCGGAGCCGGAGAGCGGCGGCGGCGGCGGCACCAUGACCCUGGGCAGCUGCUGCUGCGAGAUCAUGUCCUCCGAGAGCUCCCCGGCCGCGCUGUCCGAGGCCGACGCAGACAUAGACGUAGUGGGCGGCGGCGGCGGCGGCGGCAGCGGUGGGGGGGAGCUCCCUGCCCGUUCCGGGCCCCGCGCCCCCCGGGACGUGCUCCCGCACGGCCCCGAGCCUCCCUCGGAGGAAGCCGAGGCGGACGCAGCUGAGGACGAGGAGUCGGGCGGCUGCUCGGACGGCGAGCCCCGCGCUCUAGCGCCCCGGGGGGCGGCGGCCGCAGCGGGAAGCCCCGGGCCAGGCGCGGCGGCGGCCCGGGGCGCGGCGGGGCCCGGGCCGGGACCGCCGUCGGGGGGCGCGGCGACGCGGAGCCCGCUGGUGAAGCCUCCCUACUCGUACAUCGCGCUCAUCACCAUGGCCAUCCUGCAGAGCCCCAAGAAGCGCCUGACGCUGAGUGAAAUCUGCGAGUUCAUCAGCGGCCGCUUCCCCUACUACCGGGAGAAGUUCCCCGCCUGGCAGAACAGCAUCCGCCACAACCUCUCGCUCAACGACUGCUUCGUCAAGAUUCCCCGCGAGCCGGGCAACCCGGGCAAGGGCAACUACUGGACGCUGGACCCGGAGUCGGCCGACAUGUUCGACAACGGCAGCUUCCUGCGGCGCCGUAAGCGCUUCAAGCGGCAGCCGCUGCCGCCGCCGCAUCCACACACGCACCCUCACCCGGAGCUGCUGCUGCGUGGCGGGGCUGCGGCGGCGGGGGACCCCGGCGCCUUUCUGCCGGGUUUCGCCGCUUACGGAGCCUACGGCUAUGGCUACGGGUUGGCUCUCCCGGCCUACGGCGCACCGCCGCCGGGCCCGGCCCCGCAUCCGCAUCCACACCCGCACGCCUUCGCUUUCGCCGCCGCCGCCGCUCCUUGCCAGCUGUCGGUACCCCCAGGCCGUGCCGCCGCGCCUCCACCCGGACCUCCGACGGCCUCGGUGUUCGCAGGCGCAGCCUCGGCUCCGGCCCCUGCGCCUGCCCCGGGCACAGGGUCGGGCCCGGGCCCCGCAGGCCUGCCCGCCUUCCUGGGCGCGGAGCUGGGCUGCGCCAAAGCCUUCUACCCCGCGUCGCUGAGCCCUCCCGCAGCCGGCACCGCGGCUGGUCUGUCCACCGCACUCCUGCGCCAGGGCCUCAAGACGGACGCGGGCGGUGGUGCGGGCGGCGGGGGCGCGGGGGCCGGCCAGAGGCCUUCCUUCUCCAUAGACCACAUCAUGGGCCACGGCGGCGGCGGGGCAGCACCCCCGGGCGGAGGCGAGGGCUCCCCGGGAUCGCCGUUCGCGGCGGCGGCGGGUCCUGGCGGUCAAGCCCAGGUCUUGGCCAUGCUGACUGCCCCAGCCCUGGCUCCAGUGGCCGGCCACAUCCGCCUCUCGCACCCCGGGGACGCGCUCCUGUCCUCAGGGCCUCCGUUUGCCGGCAAAGUCGCCGGUCUCAGUGGCUGCCACUUCUGACCGCGUCGGCUCAGGGCCAGUUAGGCCCGCACUCCUAAGCCUCUCCCGGGAGCUCCUGCGGUCCCAGAGGAACUCAGGGAGUCUAUUUAUGAAGAGUCGCCAGACCUUGGGCCGGCGCGCGUGACUUGGCACUUCAGGCUCCACGCUCAGAAUCUCGCCGACAGUUGGGACGAAGCGGGCUCCAUCGCUCAGGGAGAGGCCCGGGUCUACGCGACGAGUUCGCAAGCCACGAUCCGGUUCCAAUUUGAGCAGUAUAACGGGGGCGGGGGGAGUCUUCGCUUUCUCCCGGCAGCCCCGGAAGAAUGCUGUCCCGGAGAGAAGCCUGCCCAGGCCCCGCGGGUCCCGCCAGAAACACCAACUGCGCAGAGGGGUCUCUCUUUCUGCAUCCCGCUCGCUCCUUCCUCGGCUUUGAGGCCCUGCUUGUCCAAUAUUAUAAUUUAAAGAUACCUAUUAUCCGCUUUGUGCUCAAAAGAAGAAUUCAACUUUUUUUCCUUGCUGUUCUCCAAGGAGGUUCCUUCUCUCUGAAGCCUAUAAAGGAGUGUCUACACAGGCGAAGCUGAACGAAGAGGUGAAGCGAGGGGUCUCCACAAUCCAUGCGGAGUCCCACCCCGCCGAGAAACAUCCUCCCUCUUUUGUGUUGGGGUGCUUUUGAAGGAACUUUUCCCCUUUCCCGUGGCCGGCUGGGUCCAGCCACCCAGGGCCAGCAGUCCUUUUAGUGCUCUGCUCUGUCCCAGGCCCUGGGAUAUUUAUUGUAG